UGGGCAGAGCAGGUCUGGAUAAAGCGCUCCUCUGAUCAACACCGACUCUUGGAUUAGAUGCUCAGUCGCUAAAGGAUGUUUUUAAACAAAUUGAUUUAUUUAAAAGAGUAAUAGAAGAAGAACAUUUAAAAAUAAAUAAACGAGGAAAGCUGUGAGGAAAACGGCUGUGAUAGUCAAGGAGACCCGGAGGCGCACCAGAUUCCCCAGAUCAUCCUUCUGUCUUCGUGAUUGUGGGAAUGGGACAUGAUGGAGGAUAAAGGGCCCCGUGUAGCUGACUACUUUGUGGUUGCUGGCCUCACCGAUUCAUUCAAGCCCCUGGAGGAGGACCUUCACUUUGAUGAUGCCGGCACCAAGUCUGUUAAACCCAAAGCCCCUAUUACCGAUGUUGCUGUAGUGAUACGAUCCCUUGGUGAAGAAGUGCCCCUGGGCUUCACCUGUGUGGAGAGCACCCCCUCAGGCCUCUCAGCAGAGCUUAAUGGAGCUAGCCUUAGGGGCCCACAGAUCUUCUUGUGCUACAAAAGAGGCAGAGAUAAGCCUCCACUGACAGAUCUGGGUGUUUUGUAUGAGUGGAAAGAGAAGCUGAAGCCUGGAUGCCACAUUGUCCAGACCACGCCCUCAGGCCGCCCAGCCAACAUCAGCAGCUCGUCCUCCCAGCGCAUCUACAUCACAUACAGGCGAGCGCCGAAGAGCCAGCCUCACACGUCCCUGGCUGUCACUGAUGUUUGCGUCAUUGUUCCUGGCAAAGGGGAGAUGCCUCCGCACACCUUCUGCAAGGUGGACAGGAACCUUAACAGCAGCAUGUGGGGAUCUUCGGUCUACCUUUGCUAUAAGAAGUCUCUUGCUAAAGCUAAUACCAUUGCUUACAAAGCAGGUUUGUUGUGUAGGUAUCCUGAAGAGGACUAUGAGUCUUUCCCACUGCCUGAGUCAGUCCCUAUGUUCUGCCUGCCCAUGGGGGCAACGAUUGAGUGUUGGCCAGCUCACACCAAACACUCUCUGCCUGUUUUUUCAACCUUUGUACUCACAGGAGCUUCUGGAGAAAAGGUGUAUGGAGCAGCUAUCCAGUUCUAUGAGCCUUACCCAGAGGAGAAUCUUUCGGAGCGCCAGCGCUCACAACUCGGCCUGCCAAGCUGCCACCUUGGACCCGACAGCAGCAGAAAUGUUUACAGCAACAAGAGCAUCUGCUUACUCUCCCACUGGCCCUUCUUUCAGUCCUUCAAAAGUUUUCUCACCUUCCUAUACAGAUACUCCAUCUCUGGACCGCAUGCACUGCCAAUUGAAAAGCACAUCUCUCACUUCAUGAAACAUGUUCCAUUUCCCUCCAUCCAGAGGCCAAGAAUCCUUGUGCAGUUGUCGCCACACGACAGCCUGAUUCUGAGCCAACCCGUGUCCUCUCCGCUGCCUCUCAGCGGUGGGAGCCUCUCCACGCUACUGCUCAAUUUGGGGCCAAAGAAUGCAGUCACCCUGCUGGUGCUGGCCGUCACUGAGCACAAGAUCCUGGUUCAUUCCUUGCGCCCAGCAGUGCUCACCAGUGUUACUGAGGCCCUUGUGUCUAUGAUCUUUCCUUUCCACUGGCCUUGCCCCUACAUCCCUCUGUGUCCGCUGGCCCUGGCAGAUGUUCUUAGCGCACCAUGCCCUUUUAUCGUGGGUUUAGACUCCAGAUACUUUGACCUUUAUGUGCCUCCUGCUGAUAUCAGCUGUGUUGAUUUGGACACCAACACCAUCUCCCAAAAAGAUGAAAAGAAAGCUUUAACAUGGAAAAAUUUGCCUCGGAGAGCCUGUAAACAUCUUCUGAACAGCCUGAAUAAGCUCCAUCAGCAGCUCACAGAGGGUUGCCAGUUAAACCGGGACGAUGUGCAGAUGGACCACAUGGUGACUGAUAAUGAGCUUUAUGGAGGAAAAAGCCUCCACACGCUUGAGCUUGAGAUACAGGAAGCUUUCCUCCGCUUCAUGGCUGCCAUCCUUCGAGGCUACCGCUCCUUCCUUCAGCCCAUCACCCAGGCCCCCUCUGAGAAGACCACUGAUGUUAGCUCCCUUUUUGACCUCCAAGGGUUCCUGAAGAGCAGAGACCGUUCCCAUCAGAGGUUUUACUCCCUUAUGACAAAGACUCAGAUGUUCAGCCGCUUUAUUGAAGAGUGCUCCUUUGUCAGUGACAAAGAUGCCAGCCUGGCUUUCUUUGAUGAGUGUGUUGAUAAGUUAUUCACCUCUGGGAACAAGCAGAUGGACAGCGAACGGCCAGAGGACACUAGGCUGAUCGAGUUGGAUGAAUCCUACCGCAGUGAGCACACAGUUUACAUCAACCCUCCAGAACUGACGCCUCUGCCUCAAGGAGAGGAGCAUCCCCUGUGCUAUAGCUACUCUGGAUUCCCUGUGCUGAGAUCUGAGUUUUUGGAGCCUCUAGAAGAACCAAAUGCGUUGUCAGCAGGCACCGCAUCACGCCACAGCAUCCCAGCCAGUCCUACAGCCAUCUUUAGACGCUCCAAACAGGAGAUCAAGUCAGCGCAGAAGAUGGCCAAAACACACUCAUCUGUGCCGCAGAUGUGGUCAAAGUGUUUGCUGCGCCACUGUUACGGCUUGUGGUUUAUUUGCCUGCCAGGAUUUGUGGGAAACUGCCACUCCAAGGUGCGAGCCCUGCGCACUGCUUAUGAUGUGUUAAGGAAGAUGCAAGACAAGAAGCUGCAGGCUCCUGACGAGGUGUGCUACCGUGUGUUACUGCAGUUGUGUGGUCAGUACAGCCAGCCAGUGUUGGCUGUCAGGGUGCUGUUUGAGAUGAAGAAGGCGGGAGUUCAGCCCAAUGCUAUAACUUACGGAUAUUAUAACAAGGCUGUGUUAGAGAGUACCUGGCCCUCCACCACCAGAGGAGGCUAUUUUCUGUGGGGGAAAUUGAGGAACGUGAUUCUCGGUGUGCUUCAGUUCAAGCAAGCUGGAAAAAAACAACCGAUUCCAAACAAAGACCCUCAGCUUUCAGACGGCAGUGAUCUCGACACAGUCAGCCAUGGCAGUUUAGACAGCACUAAUGACUCUGCAGAACGCACCUCCAUCGAUACCGACUUCACUAAAAUGGAUUCUAGUGAUGAUGGAUUGAGUACAGGUGGACAGUCUGAUCAAGGCUACGAUUCCUUGUCGAAAGAGGAGGAGAGGCUGUGCAACCGAGAGAGUGAUAACUCUGCACCAGUAGAAGAAAAAGGACCAAAGCAGCCCAACGGUGGCACCAGGGUUGUUUCCAGGUCAAAUGAAACGCUGCCUUUUCCAGUGUUACCAAAGAAAGAAAGGCCCAAAUCUCUGGACUUGUCUGGUGGACAAGGGUUAGUGAUGCUCAGCAUCCCUGUUCUUGGCUCAACCAAGCUGCAUCAUCUAGCUGCUGACAGACUACACGGCGUUGAAGAAGAGAAUACAGCCACUGACAAGCAACAAUCUGCCAGAAAGAGACAGACGGAUAUAGAGCCUUUGUCAGAGAUGGGGACAGCAGGAACAGAGCAGCAGUGUGACCCCAGCAAGCCCAGAACACCCCCUGCUGAAGAGACUGAAAUGCUCAUAAAUAACAGCAUCAGCCCUUUGAACAGCCGCUCACCCAGUAUGGAACUGCAGAACUCCUCAAGCCCGCUGUUUCGCUCCAUCUCACCAGCUCACACCUCCCCUCAGUCCUCCACGCUCACCCGCUCCAACACACACCUCUCACUCCCUGUGAGGUCCAAGGAAAGGCUGAAGCCGUCGCCAUCUCUUCCUCUGGGCAUGUGUAACAAAGAUAGACCUUCUUCCUUAGCUUUACCACCCUCACCUAGUCCCUCCAACUCGUCGUUCUCCAUGGACUCGCUGUUGACUCCAACUCUGGAUAUCUUCAAGAGUAGCUUCAUAUCAGCAGGAAAGGGUGUAGCUGAGAAGGCCAGUCGCCUCUACUCUCGUUUGUCCUCACAAACAUCAUUAACACAGGAUGGGAACAGUGAUCGUAUGAGUGUUUCCUCGCUGACCUCAGCUGAGCUAGAAUGCUCUUCUUUGCUGGAUAAUGACUCCUGCCUGGAUCCUCACGGCUUUACUUCACCUCAACAUGGGAGCAUGACACGGGUCAGGAGAAGCCCUGCUGCAGGUCACCAAAACAACCUAAGCAGCCCCAGCAGCCCCAACAGAGUGUUCAGACAUAACUCCUUCUCCGGUGGUUUAGCACUUCUUUCUAAAGGUCCACGCACUCCAGAUUCUUCUCCUGAUGUGGGUCGCUUCCAGCCCAGUCCUAAUUACACCAUGGAGGUGCUGAUGUCGAGCUGUUCACUUUGUAAGACAUGUGACUGUCUGGUGUAUGAUGAAGAGAUCAUGUCAGGCUGGACAGCAGAUGACUCAAACCUCAACAGCACCUGUCCCUUCUGUGGCACUGCCUUCCUGCCUUUCCUUAAUAUAAUAAUCCAAGAUCUUAGACCACAAAAUAGGUCAUCUAAGUGGAGUAAUCCUGUUAAAGAGGAGGACACGUCUGCGCCGCUCAGCCCUGAGGCUAAAAUGUCUGAGGCAGCUCAGCCAUCUGCAGCUCCUGCACUGGAGCAGGAGAGCAGCUGGAGUGUUCACAAUGACACGCCAGUCUUGGCACGAGAAUCAGCUCCUGAUCCGGUGACAGUGCCAUACCUGAGCCCCCUGGUUCUCUGGAAGGAGCUGGAGAGCCUGCUGGUGAACGAGGGAGAACAGGCCAUCUCCUCCCCAAGCAUUGUCGACCAACAUCCCAUCGUCUUCUGGAACCUUGUGUGGUACUUCAAACGGUUGGAGCUACCGAGUAACCUGCCGGCUCUUAUUCUGGCCUCCCAACAGCACAGCCAUGAUGACCAGACUCCCCAGACUGCUGCAUCCGAGGACGGCAAGCAGGUGUUGGUGAGGAUUAUGUGGGACAACUUGAAGCUGCACAAAGAUAGAGUUCAACCAUGCUACGUUUUGUGGAAUACACACUGUGCCAACUCUUUGAUCCGAUCUGGGCUUUGUGAAGAAGGGCAGCUCUUCACCGUGGAACUGCUGCAGGGCUUUGUGAGGAGCAUCAAGAAGAGCGAUGUCUAUCAGCCCAUGAGCCAGAUCAUCCAGCUGCUGGGUCCUGAGUUGGGCUUCAAAAGACAGAGGAGCCUCUACAGGGAUUUACUGUUUUUAACUCUGGUGGCUUUGGGGAAGAGCAACAUUAACAUCAAUGCGUUUGACCGUGAGUACAAGUUGGCCUAUGAUCGCCUCACCCCCAACCAAGUUAAACUGACCCACAACUGUGACAGGCCCCCUGGCGCUGGGGUCAUGGAGUGCAGGAGGACAUUUGGAGAGCCCACUUUGUAAAAAUUGUCAUAUAUAUAUUAUGAAUUCUACCACAAUCACUGCUGCUGUUUUGUUGGACCGCUCUUCACACUCAGGACCAGCUCACCUGACUUGAGGAUGGAGCUCUUAGUAAGCACAAUGGAAUAAUCACCCCUUGAUGCAAAGCAACUGCCAUGAGUUUCUUGUUCUCUUAGAGCUGAGAGGUAUGAAGGCCUUGAGUUUGUAAGUAUUUAGAGGAAAUCCACCUUAUUUUGAAUAUUAACAUGUUUGUACAGUUGUUACACAGAUUCUUUUUGGCUUUAUUCACGUUAAAACUGAAUAAGUAGGUAAAUGUGAGCAUUAGGUUACAUUGUGAAAUGGUUCUCAGUGGUCCUGGUGACCCUAUUUGGACUGUUGUUGCUUUUAGAUGUUCAUCAUUUUACAAAGCACUUUGGCAGGAUGCACUGGGUUGUCUUUGUUAUAUAACUCAGCAUUCCUGCAGCCAAAGCUAUAAAGUUGCACUUCAUUUAGCAUUAGCAGGAGCUGCCGUACUGACAUUUCAUUUGGAUUCAUUUAAUAAAACUAAAUAUAUCUCUGCUAACAUGCAUUCUGUAAAACUGUCAUUGUCAAGCUCAUUUAUCUAGUUACAUAAACCAGAUGAUAAUACCAAUGCUAGCUUGGAAACAAGGUAAAAAUGAACUAACACAUAUCUAGAGUCUUUGUUCUGAGACUUAUUAGGGAAUAUUAUCUGUUGGUUUCCAAGCCAGUGUGUAGUAUCUGACCUUAAAAAGGAGAUGUGCUUUUAAACUGUGUAAUCAAACUAAAAGUGGAGAAUUUUAUUAUUUUCUUUAACAAUGUUUUUUUUCUACAGAGGCUUUAUCAGACGCAGUUCUAGAUACCUGUAAAUAUACAGAACGUUUGUAUUUUGUAUGCUUUGUUUCUGUUGUUUUGGAUACUUGGGCAGCUGUGCACUGUUUAUUGUGAAGUACAGAUAAAAAAAAAAGGUUUUAAACCUCUACAACUUUGAACAUGAUGCCAGCAAAAGAUUUUUUGCACUGCAGUCAACACCUAAAAUUUACAGCAUACAGCUCUGAUCUGCCUUGUCUCCAUCUUAUUUUAAUUUGAAGCGCAGAACUUCCGCCUUUUUAAAGGGUGUUAAAAUGGAAGCUGAGAAAAAAAGAAAAAGAAAAAAUAAACAUAGACUUUUUAUUUAGCUUUGCAAUCACGUCUGAUGAUACUAUGCUGGAUGGACCGAGGCUUCGUGCUUGGAUCAAACACCAAACUCACAGCGUGUAUAUCUGCAUUAUGACCACCUCGUAAGUGUCUGAAAACCAAUGAUGACCAAAAUGUAAUGUUAUGUCUUAUGUGUUGUUUACACUAACUGUGAAUUUUAACAAUGUUUCUGAAUUAUUAUUUAUUGUUUGUAACACAACUACUAAUUUGUAUGGUUUUUACAUAUAUAAAAGAAAUUCUUCCCUGAGCAGAUGUAUACUUUGUCUUCA